ACUCAACAUCGACGAGGCCGAGCUGCCCGAUGGCAGCGGACCGGACCCCUUCAUUUUGCCCGACGAGACCAAGCGCAGCGCUCCGACGAGGAACACGCUCGUGAUCCAUCUCGAGCGCGUCGCGAGCCUGGUGCGCGAAUUGAAGGCCGCGCAGCCGGCCGCACAGCGCGAGCCUGCCUUCGUGCUCGAGCUCCAUGCAAAGUGUCGCCAGCUCAUCGAUGACCUGCCAGACUUUCUGCGGCUCGACGGCGAGUCGGAGAACUUCGAGCGGUCUUGCCGCACAGCGCCUCAUCCUCACGGAAGCCGUGCAGUUUUGCCUGCUCACGCUUCACCGACCGCUCCUGAUGCAUGGCAGCCAAGCACCCGACUCGAGCGCCUCCGCCAAGGCGAGCGUUGAAGCGGCCCGCGCUGUCAUCUUCUGCGCUGCUGAGCUGGAGCGUACCGUGUGGGCCGCGCGAAAGUUUCCAACCUUUCGCCGGCACUCGCACGCGGCGGCCAUUGUGCUCGCGCUGCACCUGCUGAACUGCGCGCGUCAGGGCGUCGAGGAGCCGCUUGCUGCUGCUCUCCGCGAGGAGAUCGACGCCGCCCUCGUUCAUGCGAGCGAUGGCGCCGCGAAGCUGGCGCACGCUCUCCUCGUGGAGGCUGCCCGGCGUGCCACCGGCAAGCCGGACACAUCCGGUGCGCCGCUCGGCACGGAUGUGCCGGACGGCGCAGAGAACGUCGAGCAACACGACUCUGAAGCGGCGCCGGCCGAUGCCUCACGCCUCGGCACAUCUGCGGUCGCAGCGACGGAGGCCGCCUCGAUCGAACAGGCGCUGCAGGCGCUCGACUCGUCCCGUCCAGUGGAACUGUACUUUGCGCAGCUGCUCUCUGCAAGUGUCCCGCACGCACCGCCCGAGGACCUCUGGAGCACGCUGGACCGUGCGCUCCCCAGCGCCUGAUGCGCUCUCUUCCCUCAUCUUUCCUGUCACCCGCCUUGGGCAAGCGCCUCGCUCAGCCAGCAUCC